ACGUCAACGAGCUGCGGCACUCAGCCACAUGAACCAGGAAGAGCCGGCAGCCCGUCCACUCUCCUCCUCCGCUCUGUUACCACUGUUACUAUCACCAUAACUAUCACCAUGCUCAGCUUCAGCCUCACACUGCUCCGACAUGGUGAAACACAGUACAACAAAGACAAGCUCCUGCAAGGUAUGCGCAGUGUGAGUAUAAACAGUGAGAAAUACUCUCUAUGUUUGCUGCAGGAAUGUGGGCAAUGUUUUGUCUUUGUUUGUGUGUCUUUUAAUGUAGGUCAAGGUAUUGACACUCCUUUGUCAGAAGUUGGAAAGCGACAGGCAGAAGCAGCAGGACACUACCUCCAAGACCUUCGCUUCACCAAUGUUUUUGCUAGCAAUCUCCAGAGAGCCAUACAGACUGCUGAGAUAAUUCUAAGAAACAAUGUCCAAUCUUCUAAUGUGGAGAUAGUGCUGGAUCCUUUGCUCAGAGAAAGGGGGUUUGGGGUUGCUGAGGGCCGGCCCAAAGAAGACCUGAAGAACAUGGCCAAUGCAGCAGGCCAAGCCUGCCGAGAUUUUACACCACCAGGAGGAGAAACCCUCAAGGAGGUAAAGACACGUUUCCAGAAGUUCCUCAAGUCUAUGUUCCAGCGCAUGAUUGACGACCACUGUCAGGCUGGUCAGCUUGCAUGCCCCUCUACUUGUCCAGCACCCUCAGUAUCACCACAGCCCAUGGUUGCAGGAUUUGCCGAUGACGGAGUCGCUGACCUGCCUAUUCAUGCUCUGGUCGUGAGCCAUGGUGCCUAUAUCAGAGUUGCAGUACGCCACUUGGUAGAUGAAUUGCACUGUAGCCUGCCUGCCGGUCUGAAGAUGAACCAUAUCUACUCAGCCUGCCCCAACACAGGCAUCUGCAGGUUCAUCAUCACUCUAGAUAUAGGCGAGAAUGGCCCACAGCCCUCUGUAGUUCACUGUGUCUUUAUCAACAGGAGGGACCAUCUUGCCACCCUCAAAGACUCAGAUUAGAGGCUUAAUGUGGGGUUAAAGUUAAAGUGUUCAAAUUCUUUUGGUGCAGACUUAAAGUGCAAUGUUUUCCUGUUCACUACAGUUAAUAUCCUUAAAAUUAUGGACAUGGAAGGGAAUCAAGUUUCUUUGCAUGAAAUCUGUGUUGCAUUGUAUUGUUUAUUUAAGAUCCUGAGAUUGCUGUGAUCCAAACUGUCUACAAAUCAUUUUAUAUUUGCAGUGAGGAGAGUGAAAUGAGAAAAUACUUGUGUGACACUACCUCAAUUCUAUAACUUUAAACAAAUACCACUGUUUUUCUUAGACUGACACAAUGAACAUUAUUAUCUUAUAUCGUAUUAUCAUGUUCAAUUAGAAAUAAAAGGUGAUGAAUCCCUUAAUAUAAAUGAGGAGUUAACAUUUUAAGAAAUGAAUAAAAGAGUCAUCUAUAUUCACA